AUGGAUUAUUCAAGUGAUGAAGAAGAUUAUUUAGAAGUAGCAGAACGUAACGCGAAACGUAAUUUCCUUAGAGAAGAAAUCAUUGAGAUGAACUACGAUCCACAGCUGUUCACCCAAUACCUUGAAAACAUGAAAGCUGCUGACAUUGAUGCAUGGACAUUUGAUGAACUUUCCGACUGUGUAAGAGAGUUCAAAAAUAAAUACAGAGCAGGACAGACACUUGAAGAAAUCGAAGAACAAGAAAGACAAGAAAAAGAAAAAGAGAAAAGACUCUAUGAAAUCCCAAUAGCAAAAAAACCUCAACUUUCAGAAGAAACUCACUCCUCUUCGAAAACGGAUGCAAUUUUUGUCUUAUUCUUAAUGAUAAUAAAAAAAAUAAUUUUUUUAUAGAAAAAUUCAUUUAUUUAUUAAUUUUAUAUCAAGAUAUAGUAUUUGCUACUGAUUAUAUUCUAAAUAAUUAUUCUAAAAAAUAGGGGUUUUUUGCAACUUUAUUUUCAGAAGAGAUAGCAGACAAGUUCUAAAAAAGCAGAGAGUCCUCCCCCAAAAAAAGAAAAGAAGAAAAAAGAAAAGCCCAAAGUCUCAGAGCCAACUCCUCCUCCCCCUCCUCCACCACAGCCAGCACCUUCCACACUUUCAGUCCCCACAAAUGAGAGAGAUCGAGCUCCAAGCGCAGUCAAUACUCUUAAAGGCCAAUUAUUAGACUCAUCAGUUCACGAUAUCGCCAAAGAAGAUAAAAAUAAGCCAAAAUAUUACACUGAGACCCCAAUUCAUAAUAUAGCAAGGAAAACUGCUCAAGCUCCUCAAAAACUCUCAGACUACCCUGCAGAAGAAAAAAAGAAAUACGAAUAUCAGCCAAAACUUCAAGCAAGCCCAGAUUCUCCAUUAAUAGCUACAAAGCCAAUAGAAAAAACCAAAGUUUCUGAGCCAGCAAGAUUUGAGCCUUUACUGCGUGAAGAAGAACCUCGUUAUAAGAGAAAAGAGACCCCUCCAGCACAACCAAGCUCAGAUUAUAUAGAGCCUUCUAUAGGCGGAGAAGCUUAUGAGCUCCCAGCUCAGCUCGUAAAAGAAACUGAGCUUUCAAGAAACCAAAAUCCAACUGUUGAAAUCCCUACCUUUGAAACUGUGGAAGCAGGAUUUUUUGGAUCUAGCUUCUCCCUCUGAGAGCAAACAAAAUUGCUCUACUCUUUAGUCAAAAAUUUGUGGAAAAGCAAAAUUUUUUAUAAGAUUAUUUUGAGCAUGCUAUUAUAAUGAAAUAUGCAUAUCUAUUUCUUUUUAAUAUUAAAAUAUUUUGCAUUCUGAACAUAAAAAUUGAGAGAAUUAAAUUGUAUUUCGCUUUUAAAUUUUAAAAAAAAUUCAUUAAAACAAUUUUGUUCUUAUAGAACUGGAGAAGUAAUUACGUUGUGUAUAAAAUCACGACUAAUCCUUUUGGAUGGGAAGUAAAAAGACGCUACAGUGAGUUUGCUUUGCUCAGGGAAGUCCUUGCAAAUAGUUUCCCUGGCUAUUAUAUACCCCCACUUCCAGAAAAAAAGGCGACUGGUAAGACUGGCCAAAUGAUGGCAAUUAAAAGGCAAAAAUUCUUGCAGAGAUAUAUGAAUUCUAUAUUAGCGAACAGAAUGCUUAGGACUUCUACAUUUUUGGUGUCUUUUUUAAAGGAGUUCAGCGCAAAAGAAUGAAAUGCAGCUAAAGAGCAAAACAAAAAGGUGAGAAAACUAGACGGGCUAAAAACAUAUCCUAGCUUUGACGGCUAUUUACAUUGUAAUACAGGCGAUCAGCCUUCAACAAUUUCAAAAAUGAAUGACCAUUUAUCAUAUUCAGAAACGAUUAAGAAAAAAUUAAAAAGACAUUUUGAGUCAGUUGUUGAUGAUUUUUCAAAAAUUUCUGCAUCUCUGGCAGCUUCUGUAGAUUUAAUUAAACAAUUAGCAGAUGUGCAGUCAAUAUUGAAUUUUAAUACAGAUCAGCAGUAUGUAUAUGAUAGCUUAAAAGAAGCUAUAUAUCAGUGGUCAGAGCAUGAAAAAGAGCAGUCACAGUUUAUAUCUGAUUAUUUUUAUUCUUAUAAUAAAAGACCUAAGCCUUAUUAUUAAUUUUCCUCUCUUUAUUUUUAUAUAAAAAAUAAUUUAAUCUGCAAUUAAAUGGCCCUUUAUCACCCUUCAACAAUAUACAUGUUCUUUAAAUAUGGCUACAUGGAGUCAGGAGCAUUAAAAGAAUUGCUCAGAGAAAGGGAAAAUUUAAUGGGGAGUUAUAAAAAGUCAAGUAAUGUCAAAGCAGGCACUGAUAAAAUUAAAGAUUUAUUUGGCUACCAUAAUACUCUUAGUCUAGGCGAAGUUGAAAGAGUUAUCAAAGAAACCAAAUCAGUUGCCUGUGAACACUUUGGAGAGUUUGCAAGAAGUGAAUCAAAUCACGCAAUUAAGCUGCGAGCGAUUUGGGAUACUUUAUUCAGCAAAAUGUUGGAAACAAGUGAAAGAAUUAAUAUUCUGCGAAAUAUUGUUUCGGAUUAUUUAAGUAUAAUAAUACCUUAAUAACUUAAAGCACUCAAUUUAAUAUAAUACAGAAUAGAUCAAGAUAA